AACAGUAUCAAUUAAAAAUAGUAAAUGAGGUUCCAGAAACUUCAAUUUCUUAAGACAUUUAUAACUUGCUUCAAUAAACAACUUUUGAACAAAACAGUAGGAUUAAUGUGGGACUGAUCUUUUCAUCAGUGUGAAUGUUGCUAAUUUACUUGUUUUAAAAGUGGUAAUUAAUUACCUUUUUCUUGCCUGGUUCUGUAGAUCUUCCAAUAACAGAAGGAAUUAAUUCUGGUGGUACUAAAACAACUGACGCUCUUGAUGUCUUCACCUUACAGCAUGAAGUACUUAAUUUUGGCAUUGAGAAUGGGAGGCAAUUGUACAUUAAUUCGGAAGCUACUGGAACAGCAAAUUAUCUUCAGUGGUUUGUAGAUUUGGUUUGCCUAUCGUACUGGUAGACUUUAGAAUGCUACUUUCAACAACUAAUUCAGGUUAUCCAACAGAUGAGAGAGAAUUAAUGUUCAGUUUGGUCAUACUGAAACAGCCGAUGUCUACAUGGGCGUUGUCUUUCGUGGAGUAUAUUUGCUGUUUUGUCCUCAUCUUGCAACAUUAUGCAGUCAAUUUUCAAUCGACGAGUGAGAGCAACUGGAGAUUUAUUCGAAUUCCACAGAAACAACAAAUUUUCUGCUAUGGUAUUUCUCCUGAAGUUGGUUUGCUUUUCACACCUGCAAACUUUGAAACAUUACAUCCUACAGUUAAUAAAGAUCGACGUUGGAGAAGACAAAGAUGA